UGUCUGGAAGGAUGAGAGCGUGAUUCCGUGGAUUCCGAGGGCUGGAGCGUGAUGCCGUGGCUUCGGAGGGAUUGCAUUGCGUUGCAUUGCAUUGCAGAGCAUCGCGUCGAGAGCUCCUCAGAGUGCUGGGUCAGUGGUGCCUGAGGCGGCUAUGGUGAUCACCUCCAGGUUGAUGCUGCAGGCAUUGCCAGGUCCGGGUCGCCUCCUUCCCAACCUCCACCUUCAUGCGACCACGGGCAGCUUGCCCGCCUUUAUUGCCCGCGGCGUGAGCUCUUCCUGCGUUCAAGCCAAUUGCGUCAAGCUCGGAGGAACUCCAGGGGCGUGGCGCGACUGGAGGGUGUUGGCGAACCCUAGGGUGAGCAGGGAAACUGUGUGUGGCGCUCCGGCCAGCGGACGGACUCUGCGGUGCUGUGUCGUGUCGUCCUCUGCGAUGGCUGGGCGUUGCAGUGAUCCGCCUCCAAUGUAUCGCGCCAACGUUGGUGUGGCUCUCAUCAAUGACAAGAAUGAGGUUUUUGUAGCGCAGCGAUUAGAUGUUCCUGGAGCUUGGCAAAUGCCUCAGGGAGGUAUAGAUGGAGAAGAAGACCCUCGAGCAGCAGCGUUUAGGGAACUGAGAGAAGAGACCGGAGUCACCUCUGCAGAGUAUUUGGGAGAGGUGUCUGAGUGGUUGACGUACGACUUUCCGCCAGACGUGAAAGCGAAGCUUACUACUUUGUGGGGAACAGAGUGGAAUGGACAGGCUCAGAAAUGGUUCUUGUUCAGAUUCACUGGCAAUGAUAGCGAGAUCAACUUGAUGGGCGAUGGUUCUGAAAAACCCGAAUUUUCCGAGUGGAAGUGGGUGCCAGUAGAAGACGUCAUAAGAAAUUGGCAUUCAAGAGAGAAGUUUACGAACGAGCAUUCCACCAUUUGGUCAAGUUUAUGAAGUGAUGACUAAUAUCAUGAGCUUUUCCAAUGCGCUUCCUGGCGCUGUAAGAAGCGCUGUUUGCCGGUAGCGCUUGUGGCAUGAUGAGUUAAGAGUUUAGGAGCUAUGGUUACGAGUAUUACAUUAAACCAUACGUUAUUCUACUUGGAAUAUCUGGGCACAAUGGUCGGAACACGAGGAACACCAUAUCGCUUAGUAAUUAGUCUGCUAUAAAAUGGUGGACAGUUGUUAAUUAUAGGGUUCUCUUUGUCGUAGAUCUAGCUGGUUGUACUGUUUCUACACCCAAUCAAUUGGAUACUUUCUUCGCCAGAAGGGGACAAUUUGGUUGUCAGCCUUCACAUCCAUGAAUGUUAUCUGAAGGUGGUCAAUUAUACAUCUUCACAUCAUUGACUACA